AUGGUGCCAAAAGAGCAUACCAUUAUCUACUCAGAUGGCUCUAAAGCCCCUGAUGGUGCUACAGGCUUUGGCUUCGUUAUCUACCGCAAGAACAAACGUAUAGCCCAGGGCUGCGGCCGCCUCGGCCUAGCAGAAGUAUUUGAUGGUGAGGCUGAAGGGGCGAGGGCAGGGCUCCGACAGGCCCUCCUUACCUCCCAGGGCCAGCCUAUACACAUCUGUAUCGAUAAUACCAGUGUUAUCCAAGGGAUCCGAGGCAUAGCCCCAAACUCCUCACAAGCUGCCUUCCUUGAGAUCCAAGAGGCAGCUAGGAUAUACGACAUACAAAUCCACUGGUCCCCAGGGCAUCAAGGCAUUAGAGGAAACGAGGAAGCAGACAGCUUAGCUAAAGAGGGUACAACCCUGCCAGUCCCUAGGGGCCAACUGGCUACCCUAUCAGGGAUCAAACGGCUUGCUAAAGAGCGCAUACGACGCCAAUAUAGGAAGUGGUGGAAGCGAGAGGCAACACCCCGUUAUACCCAACUAGGGCUCAAGGCUACCCUCGCUUGCCCUCCUGAACUAGCCCUGCCACGGGCUAUACUACAUCAUCUCCUAGCGGCUCGAUCAGGCCAUGGAGACUUCGAACAAUACCACCAACGCUUCAACCAUACAGAAGCACUGCUUACCUGCUCCUGCGGGGAGGCAAAGGAGGUAGACCAUCUAGUCUACUGCCAAAAGACCCUUGUGAGGAGGCUUCAGUGGCCUACCCUCCACCCUUCUAGUCCACAUGAACCUAUAGGUCCUAUAGGAUCUCUUGAGCGGUACUAUAAGGGGUUAAUCACUGAUCCUGAAGGCUUCCAGGCCUUUCUCUCCGUGACAGACUUCUUCCAGAAGAUCUGCCCGCGGUACUAG